AUGCAUGACAGCACGCUGGGCAAUACCUACGCAGUGUAUAACCCCUUCCCUGGGCCAUACUACCCAGACUAUCAUAGCAGUACCUACGCGGUGUAUAACCUCUUCCCUGGGCCAUACUACCCAGACUAUCUCAGUGAAUUUGGCGCUGCCAGACAAGAUUCUGCUCAGUGCAAAUACCUCUUUGAUGCCAUGGAUGUGAUUUCCUUGCUCACUUCUCAUCGACACUUACAUCAAGGAUUCUGGGCACUCAAGUGGAUAUCUGAUCAGCAUUCCACCUUUGGUGAGCACCUGGUUGCUUUCACUACCAUCGAGGGCAUCUCUUUCUCUGGUUGCUUUGCGUUUUUUUUCUGGCUCAAGAAGCGCAGUCUCAUGCCUAGUCUUACAUUCUUCAAUGAGCUCCUCAGCCAUGAUUUAGAUGAGGGUAUGCAUACCAACUUCAUUUACUUUCUACUAUAA